UCAAUUAAAUCUCAUCAUGUCGCGCCAGUUAAGUUUUAAUCCCCAAAAAGAGUUUGAAUUGAUUGAAUAUCCGGGCAAAGUGGUCAAUACUGACCGGAUGCUGGCCACGCUAGGCGGUAUAAUCAACAUAUCCAAGGUGCUGGGAGAUGAGGUCAAGCGGCUGCCACUGCGUUUCCAUCCAGAGAAUCCCUACAACAAGCCCACCUUUGGUGACUGUAACGCCAAGACCGGUCUGCUAUCCAUAACCGUCAGGCGUCACAAAAAGGACAGACAGCGACCGCCGGAGUACUUUGUGCGUGUUGUGGGCCACUGCAGCAGGGUGUUCUCCUUCGAAUCCCUGUGUGACUUUCAGUACUUGCCCCUCUGGUCGACGCCGAGGAGUGACAGUGCCAAUGCUGCCCUAGAGCUGACUUACGCCCUCGAUCAAUUGAUGCCCAACAGCGCCGAUCUGGACUUUUUCAAACGUCGACAUAGUCAGCUGCUGUCCCUUCCAGAAUUGUUCACGCAUGUAGAUGUGGUCUAUCCGGGAUCAUAUCGCACCGACAGUCAGGAGGAUGGCCAGCAGGAGGUGCUGGGUGUGCAGUCAAAGGCCACUUACGAUAACCAGGGCGUCAUCUCCUUUAACAUGGUCGACAGCUUCCCCAGCCAGGCGGACUCACAGAAUCUCAAGCGACUCAAGGUGAAGUACGUGUCCGAUGAGCAGCUUGCCUGCGUGAAGAAACUCUUCGAUGACUCUAUUUGGACACGGAUUGCGUUGCAAUAUGAGUCCGGACUGACCAAUGACAAACUGAAGUGCAUCACCCCAUCGCUGGCAUAUUACUUCAGCAACGGUCCUUGGAGGACGAUGUAUGUGCGCUUUGGCUACGAUCCUCGAAAGGAUUUCAACAGUCGCUACUACCAGACCUUCGAUUUCCGACUGAGAUUCAACGGCCUCUCGGAAUUCGUUUAUUCCAAGAAGUUUGUAAAGCAGCGCAAGGCGGCGAACGCUUCUUCUGGCCCUUCCGAGGACGGUUCCUCCGAUUUGGUCCAGGACAUUGACUAUCCCUAUUUUGAUGACAAAGCUGCCUCGUUCCGGCAAUGUAUGCUGCGUUACUCCGAUGUCCGGAUGGCAAGAAUCCAGGAAAUGCUGGAGAAGAUACCAACACCGCUGACGGGGGCGGUGUGCAAUGAGAGAACAGGCUGGCUACCGCCUGGUUUCGAUGCCCAGGUGCGACAGAUUGUGUGCGGCACCAUCAGCGAACUGCUGCGAAGUCACUACCGCAAGGAGCACCUGACUGCUGAGGUGGAAGCCGUCCCUCAGACCGACGGUGCCGAGGAGGAGGACGAGGCCGAUGCCGACGCCGACGUCGAGGAUGAAGACACGCAAGAGGAGGACAUGGAACUAGAUGAAUCGCAGGUAAGCAGCUCCGAGCAGUAUGCAGAUAAUGAUAUCGAACAGCUCUUGGAAAAUUACAGCUGAGACGAUUCAAGAUUAA